AUGGCCACCUCGACCUCCGAACGAGACACCCACCUGCUGUCGGUCGGCAAGCAAUGCUCUUUGCAAACCUGCAUGCUCGUCGACUUUCUGCCUUUCAAAUGCCAGCACUGCUCGAAAUCCUACUGCGGCGAGCAUUUCAAAGUCGAGGCGCACAAAUGCCCUGAGUACGAUGAGAGCAAGUACGACAGAGUUGCCCCCAAUUGUCCAUUAUGCAAUGAACCAGUAGCGGUUCCCCCAAACCAAGACCCAAACAUUCGUAUGGAGCAACAUCUGACACGCGAUUGUUCCGUUAUGACGGGGAGAACGGGCAAGAAGAAAUCGGGUCCGGUGUGUGCUCGGACGAAGUGUGGCAAGACGUUGUUUGCGCCCAUCCAAUGCAAUCAAUGCAAGCAGCAGUUCUGCCCAUCGCAUCGUUUCCCUGCCGAUCACAGCUGCACUGCACCGCCCAAUAGUAGUACCAGCAGGACAGGCGGGAACACUCUGGGUUCUUCUCCGGGGAGAUCGCUGGCCGACUUAUACGCGAACGCCAAGAAGUCGAACGCUGUCAAGACCGCCUUUGCAUCAGCACCUUCGCUAGGCAGUAACAAGAACGUCAGUUCUAGCCGUUCUCCUAUCGCUACGACUUCCUCCCAAAGUAAGGCGACACCAGCUCCGUCAGAGUCCAAAUCGACGACCAGAAUCCCCUUUUCAAAGCAAGACCGGUCCACUUCUUUGGCUCCUUUGGCUAAUACGACGGUUGCGCUCUCACCCACUUCGACCAAUUCCUCCUCUAAUACUAACGACGCUCUUACGAUCACAACUAAUUCUCUGUCGACACACGACUCUAAUAAUGACAAUAAACCGCCUCGAAUAAUCGAUCCUAUGUCCUUCGUCCCGCGAUCUGUAUUCUCCAUGGCUUAA